GCGUGAAAAACGAGCGCACCUCUCAGUUAUAGGAACAGGAAGUUGGAAGCAGGAAAAAUCUCUUGUCUUAUGAAGAAAAUUUAAGAUUUUGUAUUUAAAAAUGAGCAGAAUUUAUCACAACGAGUCUUUGCAGAACAAACCUGUCCACAAUGAGAAGUUUGACCGUGUUUGGUCCCCCUCUUCUUAUGAAAGUGGUCCUGGGCUGCUUCUAGAAGGAAAGCUGCUGGAUGUUUCCAGACAUUCAAUUAGUGACGUCAAAGGUCAAAAGGUUCGGCUCUACGUGCUGUACAUCAAACCCAGUCGCAUCCAUCAGAGGAAGUUCGAUGCCGGUGGGAAGGAAGUCGAGCCGAACUUUAGCGACACUAAAAAGGUCAACACUGGUUUCCUCAUGUCUUCCUACAAGGUGGAAGCUAAAGGGGAGUCGGAUCGUCUGACUGAAGAGCAGCUUUCAGCUGUGAUUAACAAACCUGAGCUGGUUAAGAUCACCGACAAACACCGACCGUCCGGGACCUGGGCCUUCUGGUACCCCGAGUCAGAGAUGGACAAAACGGAGCUGGAAACAGGACAGGAAGUACGGCUGAAGACCAGAGGAAAUGGGCCUUUCAUAUUUUCUUUAGCCAAAGUGGACGGCGGAUCGGUGACAAAGUGCAACUUUGCUGGUGAUGAAAAGGCCGGAGCCUCGUGGACGGACAAAAUAAUGUCCAACAAGGCGGAAGCUGCCGGAUCCCAGAGGGCUGGAGGAGGAGGAGGAGGAGGGGAGGGAGCGGAGGAGGAUGAAUGGGAUGAUUGAGGAAACCACCUCUUCUCAUCAGCCUCACCUCUUGACUCCGAUCCAGCCCUGCAGUGCUGAACGUCAAACAGUCCUAAACUUCUGGCCCCCCGGGGCUGAAAACCUGACGUCACGUUCACCAUGUGGGACGCGGCGGACUUUAUCCCCGUCAGCGAUGUGUGUUUUAGAUUUCUCCUGGUGUAUUCCUUGGAUUUAAUCCCCUUGUUUAUUAAACCAGAGCUCCAAACGCUGCCAUUAAUUACCAUUACAAAUUAGAAGACAUGAACAGCUGUUUCCUGUUAAAAAGCUGUUUCCUUCAGCUCUCCAAAAAAACUAAAUAGUUCAUUAUCAUCUGUCCAUGACUAAAUGAGUUUUACAUAAUAAUCGCCUGCUGCUUUUGUUUACUUAAUCAUUGAAUUUUAAUAAAAAAAAUGAUGAAAAUGAACGUUUUUCUACUGACUUUCAGCUGUUUCAAAAGUUUAACCACAUUUUUCCUGAAAUAUUAAAACAACCUGGGGGAUGUUUUGAGGAAUAACUUCAUUAGUGUCGAUUUUUAAGCUUUGUUUCAUAUAUUUCUGCAUUUUUUUCCCAUUACCAGCACUAAGAAAAGAAGGUUUAUUUAAAUAAAACUGAAGUCCAAAUCUC